AUGGACUCUGCACAUUCAUCGAUCGGGGAGAUAAUGGAGCGGGCCCGAGUCAUUACUUCGAGCUUCAACAAUGCCAUGCACAACACAACAAGUGAAGCUUCGCAGGUAUUCAAUCUCAUGGAAAUUCUCUGCGAAAGGCUCUCAUGCAACGACACCGAACUCAAGUCUCUUCAUUCGCAAGUCAGGCAACUCAAGAAAGAGCGGGAUGAUUAUGCAUUCCGAGUUCUUCAAUUUAUGAAUCCAUCCGAAGUGAGUGACAGCUUCAUCUCCGACGAGCUUUCCAGUAUUUAUGCCGGAAUUUCAAACUGGGUUGAAUGUGUACUCCAUGAGUUGGAAGCGUUUGAUGAUCACUGGCCACUCCUCCGACAAUUUCUGAAACGUGAGCGUCUUUAUCCUAGUACAGGAAACCCUUUACAAGGGACUCUGGCCUCAUUGGCCAAUGGAGAGAUACUAAUGAUGGCUAUAUUUCGAGCCAUGGGAGAUCUUAUCUUCUCGCCGAUCCUAGUCGGGGCAUCCUUUGAAGAACGAUUGUUUCUCAAGAGACUUUGUCGGGAUAUGCAUUUUAUUGAUCCCAAAAAAGACCCUAGGGCAAUGGUUUCAUGGAGAUCAGACACAUUCCGAGCGUGCGCCAGCUCCCAGCAGUAUGCAUCUACGCUAGAAGAGAAAUGCCACUCCUUGACGGAAUACAUUUUUCAGAUCCUGGUUUUUGCUGGUGUCAAGGACGAUGACCGUUUGACGGAGAGACUGAAGCGAUUCGAGGAACAAAUUGCAAAGCCCGCAGCUGAGCUUGCCACCAAGAUGAGAUGCUCCACCCGGAAUUACCUCUGGAAAUAUCACUCAGCAGCCGACCGGAAUAAUCUAUUCAAUUUUAAGAAACGAAUGAUGGACAGCUAUGACUGCGUCGACCUGCGAACGCACUGCCUCAUCACCAAAGAGAAAUUUGGCGAUUUGCCCGAUGACACCAUCAUCGGUGAGUCGAUCGUAUCAAUCUACCCAGCUUUGUACCGAGAGACGGAGAGCACGCAAAUUUCACCUCUCAUCAGAAAGGGCCUUGUUCUUGUCAGAACCCACUUCGCCAAUGUCAAGCACGAAAGUCCAGAUGAACCCGCCAUUGGCCCGAAUAAUGCUUGCGAAAAGCAAAACAAGAACUCAGAACCAGAUGCACAGACAGGAGCUUCAAAAGCAUUCCAACUAGCCAGGACCCUAUUAGGUUCACAGCCGCAAGGCUAA